AUGGCCACCACAUCCUCCAACGGCCACGUUCGCAAACGCCAGUACCAACCUUCAAUCACUUCUUACUUCAACAACCGGAGCGCGAAUGGCACCACGCUUGAACAGCUACGACCAUCCCAAUCGCCACUUUCACCACCACUACCAGCCGACACUCAAGCCUCGUUGUUGAGCGUAGGAAUGCGCGUGCGCAAAUCGGUUCCAGAGGGCUACAAGACGCACAAAACACUGCCAGCACAAGGAUUCCCGUUCCCUAGUACUGCGCCGCCGGCAGCGCCUGCAAGAAGCAAUACGAAUACGAGGAGUACCAGAGAAUUGACGCCGUUCUGCGGAUUGCACAAAACUGGGGGAUGGGCUGCGCAGGAGCUGCCUACGUCUUCAGCACCGGCGGCGAUGCAGACGGAUGAUGAAGGUCUGCCGGGCUUGAUGGGAUCACAAACGGCACCGAGCAGGAAGCGUGGCUACGAGGAGGAGGCGGAAGAGGAGAUGGAUGCGUUCUUCGACGAGGUGGAGGUGGCAGAAGCGAUGGAGCAGCAAGCGCUACCUGCUGGGAGGCCUAUGGCCAACUUGAAGGGGACUGCUUCGGGAGGUGCUGUGCGGAUUGUUGGUGGGGAUGACUUCGAGGAAGCAGGUUUCCUUGCGCCGCUGGAUGGGAUGGAGGUGGAUGACGGCUAG